CUUCAUAAGAUAUACAACAUACAUAGUUGGUGUGUACAUUUAUUUUGGAGGGAGGCUCGCAAAAUAUCUUAAAUUUGAUACUUUGAUUCCCCAUUUUUGGAGCUCGCAAAUCACACUAUACAUGAGAAAGUGAAGAAGGGGGAAAAGUGAAAAGCGAGACAUGGAUGAAACAGAGUUUCUGAACUCAAGCCCGACAGAGAAGAAGGAGAGGAACAAGUUUCCAUUGCUGAGGUAUGAAGAACUGCCGGAAUAUAUGAAGGAUAAUGAGUACAUCUUGAAUUACUACAGAGCUGAAUGGUCUCUUAAACACGCCUUCGUUUCCUUGUUCUUAUGCCACAAUGAAUCUCUUAAUAUAUGGACUCACGUGAUUGGAUUUGUUGCGUUUUUGGUACUCACAGUUGCAAACUUGACAGAAUUUUAUCAAGUGGCCGACUUCAUUAACCUUUCCAAAUGGGUUUUUCCUUCGGAUACGGGUACACCACCACCGCUAAUAGACACACCACGUUGGCCAUUAUUUGUCUUUUUAUGUGGUUCAAUGUUUUGCUUCGUAUCAAGUAGCUUAUGCCACCUGUUCUCUUGUCACUCGCAACACCUAAACUGUCUACUGAGUCAGUUAGACUACAUCGGAAUAGCAGUUAUGAUCAUCACCUCAUUUUUCCCUCCAAUAUAUUACCUCUUUGAAUGCGACACCAUAUGGCAAUAUGUUUACCUUACAACAAUAUCCAUACUCGGUGUUUUAGCAGUCAUUAUACUCCUUUCCCCUAAACGAACACGUGGGAAAUACCGAUUCAUUCGGACAAUAAUUUUUGUGGCAAUGGGUCUUUUCGGGGGGCCAUGUUUUAUGCUACUCGGGUACCUGAGAAGUGGAAGCCUGGUUGGUUUGAUUUGGUUGGACAUAGUCACCAAAUAUUUCAUGUUUUUGUCGUGA